CAGACAGCAGAGCGACUGUCCCAAGCUGGAGUCUGGAGUCCGCCUGCUGCCUCCGCAUUAUCACUGGCCACCUGCCUCUCCGAGAGUAACACACCAACAAAGCUGAGGGCGAGCACAGCCACAGCAAGAACGCGAGACAAGGUACUUGACCGGUUCCUUAGUGCCGCCUUUUCGGCUUCCAGCACACCCUCCCCCCCACCCACUCUCUCCUACCUCUGUCCUGCGGGAGGACAGGCUGCGCACCGGAGCGCACUUGGCGACCCGGGUUUGUUGUCGUUACCAGCAGGAGAGGAGCGCCCAGCGAGCCGAGCCAUAGCUGCUACAGCUCACAUUAAACCGGGCUGUCCCCUCAGAGGAGAUACUUGCAUGGAUGCACCAUGGCCACGCUUGUCUGCAGGGUUCAGUUUUUAGAUGACACCGAUCCGUUCAACAGCACAAAUUUCCCAGAACCGACUAGACCCCCGCUGUACACCUUCAGGGAGGAUGUCCCACUCAUCAACCAGUUAGCAGGCGUCCACCGGCUCCUCAGAGCUCCACACAAGCUUGAUGACUGCACGCUGCAGCUCUCCCACAAUGGCACCUAUCUGGAUCUGGAGUCCUCUCUGGCUGAGCAAAAGGACGAGCUGGAGGGCUUUCAGCAGGAUGACACAGGGUCCAGAGGGAAGAAGCACGGUAUUAUUCUGCGGACCCAGCUGACCGUCCGAGUACACGCUUGCAUCGAAAGACUGUACAACUCCAAUGGACGUGACUUGAGAAGGGCACUGUUCUCUCUAAAGCAAAUCUUUCAGGAUGACAAAGAUCUGGUCCAUGAGUUUGUGAUGGCUGAAGGUCUGACGUGUCUCAUCAAGGUGGGAGCAGAAGCUGACCAGAACUACCAGAACUACAUAUUGAGAGCUCUGGGGCAGAUCAUGCUGUAUGUAGACGGGAUGAACGGUGUCAUUGGGCACCCUGAGACAAUCCAGUGGCUGUACACUCUUGUUGGCUCGAAGUUCCGUCUGGUGGUGAAAACAACUCUAAAGCUGCUGUUGGUGUUUGUGGAGUACUCUGAGUCCAACGGCCCGCUGCUGAUAGAAGCUAUCACCGCUGUGGACACCAAGAGAGGAUGUAAGCCGUGGUCCAAUACUAUGGAGAUCUUGAAUGAGAAGGAUGGAGUGGACACAGAGCUGCUGGUCUACGCCAUGACCCUCAUUAAUAAGACGCUUGCAGCACUGCCUGAUCAGGACUCAUUCUACGAUAUGCUGGAUUGUCUGGAGGAACAGGACAUAGAGACAGUGUCCCAAAGACAUCUGGGCCGGAAAGGCACCGAUCUGGACUUGGUUGAGCAGCUCAACAUCUAUGAGAUGACCCUGCGGCAUGAAGAUGGUGACGAUGACAGCCAGCCUCCACCAACGGGACGCCGGGACCGCCGACGAGUCAGCCUUGGGGGCGGGGACAAAAAGCGUGGGCUGGAGAGAAGGCGGAGCCGCAGGGCCUCUCUUGGGCGAUCCGGUCAGGCGUCCCCCUGCAGCCCCGCGUCCCCACAGAGAGAUGGCUUCCAGCCUUUCAAUGGACAGAGACCUGGGGACAUGAGUGGCAGGAAUGGAGGUCUCCUGUCCAACUCCUCUCACAGCACCCCGAGUACGCCCACCAGCUCCAGGCCUGCUUUGGGAGGUCUUCUGUCCUCCUCUUACCGACAACACCAGGAAUCUCUGGCGGCCGAGCGAGAGCGCCGCCGUGUGGAGAGAGAGGAGAGACUGCAGAGGAUAGAGAGAGAGGAGAGGAACAAGCACAGCCGCGACUAUGUGGAUAAAAUGGAAGAGGCCAGGCUUGCGCGGGAGGAGAGGUAUAAGAACGUGGAGCGUCUGGCGGCGGAGGAGUACGAGAGGGAGCACGUCCGGGUGUCGAGGACUCGCCCUGACCUCAACCUGAACUUUGAACCCGCGGAGGCCUGGCCCUCGUCAUCGCGCAGCAGCACCCCGUCCUCCUUCGCCUCCCAGGAGGACGCAGAGGCCGACCUCGAAGCCGAGACCCCCGCCACCGCCUACACACCCUCCGAGACUGGAGAGGCUGAUGACUCCAGUGCCAGUCUAGAAACAGAGGAAAAAGAGGCCACCGCUGAAGAGGAGGAAGAACAAAAAGAGGAGGAAGUGCCGGAGGAAGUACAGGAGGAAGCAGCGGCAGACAAGGAGGAGGAAGACGAGGAGUGUGAGCAGGAACCGAAGAAGGAGAAAGAGGACGCGGAGGAGGACAGCGGCAUCCUGAGCGACAAAGAACGACAGAAUGAGGAAGUGAAUGAGAAGGACAACUGCUCGGCCUCCAGCAUCUCCUCUGCCAGCAGCACUCUGGAGAGAGAGGAGAGGGGGAGCAAUCAGAAUGGCUUUAAGGAGGCAGAGGUGAACGAGCAGUGCAGCAAACUCCUCAAUAGCAAGCUCUUCAUGCUGGACAUGCUGUACUCCCAGGACAAGAAGCCCAGUGAUGAGGAGGAGGAAGAAGAGGACGUGGAGAAGGAAAAAGAGAAAGAGAAAGAGAAAGGAGAGGGGGAGGACAAAGAAAGCCAGAAGGAUGCUGACGUGCAACUGGGCAGUGAGCAGGAGGCUGAGAAAUCCGAGCACCACGGGACCAUCCGACCGUUCGCCGAGCGGUUUGGAGACUUGAUCAAGGACCUCGUUUCGACCCCCCCUCACCUGGAUGUCCCAGCCAACGAGCCCCCGCCUCCCCCACCCAAAAAGGAAUCGGACACGAUCUGGGACCAGCUCCUGGCCAGCCCUCGGGAGCUGCGCAUCGGGGACAUUAACUUCACCGACCUGACGGAGGAAGAUGACAAAGACAUUCUGGAUGCUGUUUUGAUGGGAGAAUGCGGUGACCUCCCGCCCCCCCCGCCUCCGCCACCCUGCAUCCUCCGCUUCCCUCCGCCCCCACCCAUGCUAGGCAGCUGCCCCCCACCCCCUCCCUUGAUUGGAAUUAUGAGGCCUCCUCCUCCCCCUUCCUUUAGUGCCUCAAUUCCAGUGCCUCCUCCCCCGGAGCCUCCUCUCUUCAACAAGAAGAAGAAGACAAUCAGGCUCUUCUGGAGCGAGGUGCGUCCCACAGACUCUCAGUACAAGGAUUAUAAGCGGAGUGGAGACUCGUUCUGGUCCAAACUGGAACCAGUGAAAAUGGACACAGCCAAACUGGAACACCUGUUUGAGACGAAAUCAAAGGAAAUACCAGUUACAAAGAAAACAGCAGCAGACGGCAAGCGUCAGGAGAUCAUCGUUUUGGAUUCCAAGAGGAGUAACGCCAUCAACAUCGGUCUGACGGUGCUGCCUCCUCCUCGCACUAUCAAGACGGCCAUCCUUAACUUUGAUGAGUACGCGCUUAACAAGGAGGGCAUAGAGAAAAUCCUGACAAUGAUCCCUACAGAGGAGGAGAAGCAGAAGAUCCAGGAGGCCCAGCUGGCCAACCCUGAUGUCCCGCUGGGCUCAGCAGAGCAGUUCCUCCUCACUCUGUCCUCCAUCAGCGAGCUCUCUGCCCGACUCCAACUCUGGGCCUUCAAGAUGGACUACGAGGCAACCCAGAAGGAAGUUGCAGAGCCGCUGCAGGAUCUGAAGGAGGGUAUGGAACAGCUGGAGAAGAACAAAACUCUGCGCUACAUCCUUGCCACACUGCUCUCUAUAGGAAACUUCCUCAAUGGCACCAACGCUAAAGGCUUCGAGCUGACUUAUUUGGAGAAGGUUCCAGAGGUGAAGGACACGGUUCAUAAGCAGUCUCUGCUGCAUCACGCCUGCUCUGCUGUGGUGGACAACUUCCCUCAGAGCACCGACCUCUACUCCGAGAUCGGAGCCAUCACGCGAUCUGCAAAAGUGGAUUUCGACCAGCUGCAGGAGAACCUGUGUCAGAUGGAGAGGCGCUGCAAAGCCUCAUGGGACCACCUGAAGGUGAUCGCCAAGCAUGAGAUGAAGCCCCAGCUGAAGCAGAAAAUGUCUGACUUCCUCAAAGACUGCGCUGAGAGGAUUAUCAUUCUCAAGAUUGUUCACCGCAGGAUCAUCAACAGGUUCCAUUCCUUCCUGUUGUUCCUCGGCCAUCCGGCCUACAGUGUGAGAGAGGUCAGUGUCCACAGGUUCAGUAAAAUCCUCAGCGAGUUUGCGCUGGAGUACCGGACCACCCGAGACCGCGUGCUGCAGCAGAAACAGAAACGAGCCGACCACCGCGAACGCAACAAGACCCGGGGAAAGAUGAUCAUAGACGUCAACGCUCCUUCUGAUGAGGAAGAGGAGAGUGAGUGUGGUCGCUAUGGUUCCAGCGUUAGCAACAGCGCCCCUAGUGGCGGCCAGGAGGGCGAGCGUUCGCAGGGUCUGGGCCACACCGAGGACUGUGCAGAGCACGAGCACAUGAAAGCCGUGCUGAGAACCAGCCUCAGCGGCGGAGACAAGGAGCCCAGCGGGGUGCCAGGGCUUCGUACACGGACAAGAUCCCGGCCCGGAAGGGGAGGUCGCAGUAUGCCGGCAUGGACCCCGCCCGUGGAGGACACUCAGAUGUGUGGAGAGGAAGCUGACGCAGACGAGAUCAUGGAGCGUAUAGUGAGGUCGGCCACUCAGGGUCCUGGAACCAGAGCCCAGCCCAGAGAGAGGAGGAGGUCCAGGGCUAACCGCAAGUCAUUGAGGCGGACUCUGAAGAGCGGUCUGACCCCAGAGGAAGCUCUCGCUUUAGGACUUACCGAUUCUCCGGAUGCAGAAAUGUGAUCAUCCAAACCUCCCUCCCGUCGUCGUUGCUGUGGAAACACAGCGACAGCCAUCGGAGCAUCAUCUCUGUCAGCCGUCUGCCUUCGCCACACUUCACAGAGUUGCAUUUCACCAGUCACAGCCUCCUUCGUAGGUUUUUGCCAGCUGCUAAUUUUGCCUGAUGUGUCUGAGUGAUGAAGCUGCAGCCACGAUAGUGUUUUUUUUAAUGCAACACAAAGACAACUCGAAAAUGAAGAAAGAUGAAAGAACCGAUGUAUUCAAGUUUAAAUUCAGGGCUGCUGCCUCUACACUGAGCAGAUACAUUAAACAUAUAUUAUAUAGGAAAUGUUGCAUUAGUCCAAAGGGAUCAUUUUUGCUCGUGAGUUUUCUGCAGCUGUGACUUCACCAUUUUUCCUUUAUUUAAGCUGUGAAUUUCGGUUGUAAAGAUUAACGGGCUGAAGAGGAAGUUUGAUUUGUUUCUCUUUUCCAGUUUCAAAGAAUCCCAAGAGAUCACCACAAACAAAGAGGCUCACUAAGAACUUUUGUGUUUUGCUUCUGCAGCUGCACGUUGGACAAGUGACGAGUGUAGUUGUGUUUAGUAGGAAUUUGAAGGGUUUUCAAUCAUAUGUGCCUUUCAUUUAAAAGGGACGAUACUGUACCUUUUCGCCAUCUCUCCCUCUUGUUUUAGUCACGUCCUACUUCUCAGAUAACUCACAAAUGUCACAUUCACAGGUGUAGUUAUAUCGAGUAUGACUGUUAAUUACAAUUAACGUUUUUAUUUCGGCAAAAUAUUUAUUUGCAAUGCUCGGACAUCUUGCACCUUACUCAACAUCCAUAGUUUCUGUGCUGAAGUGAACGAAAGAUUCAAAACACGGACAAAAGGAAGUAUUUAUCUCAGAGGAACUGUUUGUAAAGUGUAAAAAGACAAAGCGAUGAAGACAUUUUUUAAAUUUUAAUCUAUUUUGAAGGAGAUGCAGUGAAUUCUGCAUAAAAUGUGUAAAUGCCCUUGUCAGCUGCCAGGUACUAAGUACUGUAGUACUACAGUGUGCAUGUUUAGUGCGGUUCAGUUCAUGUGAUGUUUUAUUUUUGUAAUUUCUGUAGAAAUGUGUAUUAUAGUCUGAGAGAAAGAGUAAAAAAGAGGCUAUUCUGUGAAUUGUAAUAAAAGAUCAAAGAAAUGAAAGAUGUGGUCAUAGCUGAAAUACAUCUUUUCAAAGUAUUGUUUCGUGCUGAGAGAGGGGAGCAGUAUCUGGGCAUUUACUUUGAACUCUGGUCACAUAUUGUACUUUAUAUGAACUUAAAAGGUUUAAUAAAAACAAAAACAGGGAAUUAUUGCUGCAUAAAUAUAAUGUGGUGGGCUGAACAUAAUUGAUACACUUUCACUUGAAAUGCUGUGUAUACACACUCCGCAAUAAAAAACAAUUGAAAAAAAG